UUGGUUGCAGUAGCUGUAAACAGGUAAAAGGUUGUCCAGUGAAUACAUUUGGGGCGAGGUGUAAUGAGUGUCAUUGUAAAACAGACUGUGAUAGGGAGACCGGGGAAUGUGAAAAGUGCAUGGAAGGAUGGCAUGGACCAAAUUGUCAAAUGGAAAAUGUUGCAAAAAACAAGAGGACAAAAGUGAGAUUACAUGACAAUGCUUUGGGACUAAGUACUAUAAACGGAAAUCGCACAGACUGCACAUUUUUCGUUCAGAACAACGAGGAGGUGAUGAGACUACGAGUCGAUUUACAAGAGAUUUACGAUAUUCAUGGCAUCACCAUUUUCACAGAAAGUUCUAGUUCAAACCUUCAGAAGAUGUUGGGAUUUGAUGUUGUCUUAUCUGAGGACAAUGAUGUAGGUAACAAUGUUUGCUUCAAGCAGACUCAACCAAUCCAAGAAAAUGGUAGAAUCGACACAUCCUGCCACGGAAAAGUAAAGAACGUAUUUGUGAGGAAGAAAAUAUCUCCUUACUAUCUGAAUGUUUGCGAGAUUGAAAUCUAUGUUUGCCAGACUGGGUUUUGGGGGAAUCAGUGUCAGUAUCCGUGUAGCUGUCCCAAUAACCAGACAUGUGACCACAUGACAGGAGAGUGCCGUGGGAGCUGUUACCCAGACCUUGCCUGUCCCAAAACCGUGGCCAGAGCUGACAGUUAUGAGGAUGUGUCUGAGUUGACUACCACUGAGAACCCUAUCCUUAGGGCUGCAUAUAGAGCAGCGGCAGCUGUGACCACCACAGAAGAAUCGUCAACCAAUGCUCAACAAAUAACUACUGAUAAUGAAAUAAUUACAAGCGAAGUAACACUAAUUGAUACAACAUUAGAUACUACAACUGAUAUUGAAGAGUCAUCUACCACAGUUGCCACAACAGAAACCAGCACUACAGACACUGAAACAGCAACACCAGAAUCCAGUACUACAGCCCCUGACACAACCACUGAAACAGCAACACCAGAAUCCAGUACUACUGAUACUGAUACAACCACAGAAACAGCAACACCAGAAUCAACUACAACAGCCCCUGACACAACCACUGAUAAAGCAACAUCAGAAUCCAGUACUACUGACACUGAUACAACCACAGAAGCAACAUCAGAAUCAACUAUUACAGCCCAUGACACUACAACUAAUAUAGCAACAUCAGAAUCAGCUACAACAGCCAGUGAUACAACCACAGAAACAGCAACAUCAGAAUCCAGUACUACAGCCCAUGACACUACAACUAAUAUAGCAACAUCAGAAUCAACUACAACAGCCACUGAUAGAACCACAGAAACAGCAACAUCAGAAUCCAGUACUACAUCCACUGACACAACAACUGAAACAGCAACAUCAGAAUCAACUACUACCGCAACUGAUACAACCACAGAAACAGCAACAUCAGAUUCAACUUCUACCGCAACUGAUACAACCACAGAAACAGCAACAACAGAAUCAACUACAACCGCCACUGAUACAACCACAGAAACAGCAACAUUAGAAUCCAGUGCUACAGACACCGAUACAACCACAGAAACAGCAACAUUAGAAUCCAGUACUACAGACACUGAAACAACCACAGAAACAGCAACAUCAGAAUUAACUACUACAGCCCCUGACGCAACCACAGAAACAGCAACAUCAGAAUCCAGUGCUACAAACACUGAUACAACCACAGAAACAGAACCAGCUACGACCCAAACUGAUACAACCACAGAAACAGCAACAUCAGAAUCAACUACUACAGCCUCUGAUACAACCACAGAAACAGCAACAUCAGAAUCUAGUACAAAAGCCCAUGACACUACAACUAAAAUAGCAACAUCAGAAUCAACUACAACCGCCACUGAUACAACCACAGAAACAGCAACAUCCGAAUCCUCUACUACAGCAACUGUAACAACCACUGAAACAGCAACAUCAGAAUUAAGUACAACAGACACUGAUACAACCACAGAAACAGCAACAUCAAAAUUGAGUACAACAGCCACUUACACAACCACAGAAACAGCAACACCAGAAUCUAGUACUACAGCCACUGAUACAACCACAAAUACAGCUACAUCAGAUUCAACUACUACCGCAACUGAAACAACCACAGAAACAGCAACACAAGAAUCCACUACUACCGCAACUGAUACAACCAUAGAAACAGCAACACCAGAAUCCAAUACCACAGCCCCUGACACAACCACUGAAACAACUUCAGAAUUAACAACUACAGCUACUUACACAACCACAGAAACAGCAACAUCCGAAUCAACUACUACCCCAACUGAUGCAAUCACUGUAACAGCAUCAUCAAAAUCCAGUACCACAGCCCCUGACACAACCACAGAAACAGCAACAUCAGAAUCCAGUACUACAGCCCCUGACACUGCAACUGAAACAGCAACAUCAGAAUUAAUUACCACAGCCACUGAUACAACCACAGAAACAGCAACAACAGAUUCCAGUACUACAUCCACUGACACAACCACAAAAACAGCAACAUCAGAAUCAACUUCUAGAGCCCCUGACACAACCACAGAAACAGCAACAUCAGAAUCGAUUACUACAGCCCCUGAUACAACCACAGAAACAAUAACAUCAGAAUUCAGUACAACAGCCACUGACACAACCACAGAAGCCACUGACCCAACCACAGAAACAACAUCAGAAUCGACUACUACAGCCACUGACACAACUACUGUAACAGCAACAUCAAAAUCCACUUCCACGGCCCCUGACACGACCACAGAAACAACCUCUGACAGUAUGGCAGACACAACGAGUACGGCCACAAUGAUCAGUCAGACAACAAAUGCGGCAUCCAAUAACACAACAACACAGAAUGUGACAUCAGCACCAAAUACCACAAUUUUUAUGACUACUACAGACAUUCAAACCACAUCCAUGUCAACCAGUGUACCUGAGAUAGCCUCUACAAGUAAAGUCACAAUGACUAGUGCCCAGAGUGAGGCCACCAAUGCUGAAACUUCAACAACAUCAAACACAGUGAUAAUAUCAACUAUUCCAACUACCACAGGAUCUGUGACAGGUAGAGUUACUACAAUAGGAAGUGAAAGCACUUCAGUUUCAAAAGAAUCAACUUCAACUGUAGGUACCACAAUAUCUACCUCUCCAGGGGUAACCUCAACAGAAAGUACCACAGCAUUUAUUGCUCCUGGGGUAACCUCAACAGAAAGUACCGUGACAUCUUCCACUCCUGGAGUAGCCUCAACAGAAAGUACCACAGCAUCUACCACUUCUGAAGUAGCCUCAACAGAAAGUACCACAGCAUCUACCACUUCUGGAGUAGCCUCAACAGAAAGUACCACAGCAUCUUUCACUCCUGGGGUAACCUCAACAGAAAGUACCAUCAUAUCUUCCACUCCUGGGGUAACCUCAACAGAAAGUACUACAGCACCUACCACUUCUGAAGUAGCCUCAACAGAAAGUACUACAACAUCUAUCACUCCUGGGGUAACCUCAACAGAAAGUGUACCUGGGGUAAACUCAACAGAAAGUGCACUUGUGGUAACCUCAACAGAAAGUACCACCACACCUUCCUCUCUUGAGGUAACCUCAACAGAAGUGACCACAUCAUCUUCAUCAGCAUCAGAGCAGACAACAGAGAUGGCAACAAGUUCAAUGUCCUCUCAAUCAAUAACAUCAACUGAAUUACCAGCAGCUACAAGUGAAACCAUUUCUUCUGAAACAGAGUCAGCAACAAAUGAGGGAUUGACAUCUCUAUCUACUGAACAAAUAUCUUCUUCCAGUGAGUCAACAAUUGUCACCGAUUUGACGACAAAAGGCGAAACUACUGUUGAAUCAACAUCUGAAAUGCCUUCUGUUUCUACGACUGAAAUUUUAACUACACCCCCAAAUUCCACAAUGCCUGCUUCAUCUACUUUGUCCUCUCAGUCAAUCCAACCAACAACAGAAGUUGCUGAGACAACUUCACAGACAGACACUAUUAUGUCAACUUCUAAAGAGUCUGUUUCAACCACUGAAUCGGCUUUGACUUCUGAAUCAACAGCACAGAUCUCUGACUCCACUUAUUCUACAUUGUCUGAAUCAACAACAGUGCCCUCAAAUGUAACUGAAACUUCAUCUGAAAGUUCAUCAAAUGUGACUUCUGGAACAAUGCAAUCAACAACAGAAGAAACCACAAUUGCACAAUCAACCUCCUCAUUAACUGAGACUACCUCUCUAGAACAAGGAUCACAGACAACAGAGGGAACAACAAAUGAAGGACCAACAGCAAAUACUUCUGAAGGAUCAACAACAGAAAGUGAAACAACUCAAGAGUCAACUUUAAUUACUACUGAAGAAUCAACAAUAGAGGGAACAACAAUUGAAGGACCAACAGGAAGUACUAUUGAAGGUUCAACAGAAACAACAGAGAUUGCAACAAGUCAUGAAUCAACAGUUGGUACUACUGAAGAAUCAACAACUGGGAGUGAAACAACUCAAGGACCAACAACUGAGGGUACAACAACUCAAGGACCAACAACUGAGAGUACAACAACUCAAGGACCAACAACUGAGAGUACAACAACACAAGAAUCUACAACACAGACAACAGAGACUACAACAACACAAAAACCAAUAACACAGACUACAGAGAGAUCGACAACUCAACGACUAACAACGCAGACCAUCAGACAGACAACACCGACAACACAGGUGACAACUAACCAGACACUACCACCUGUUGUUCCGUCACAGUCAACCUCUGUCACCACCACCACUGUGGUAACAACUGCUUUGACUGAUUCCAGCACAGUAACGGCGGGUCCUUUGGUAGCCAUUCUUGUUCCCUCGGUCCUCUUGUUCUUCAUCAUCCUAGCUGUCAUCUUCUCUGGAUUCAUCAUCUUCAAAAAGAAAAACCGAAGGAAAUUGACAGAUGAAGAGAUUGCAGGAAAUGAUGUAAUCUUGGUGCCACUUACUGCAAUUCCUAUUGCACCUUAUGGAAUCCCUAAAAGAGAAAAGAUUGAUGACUCCCUGCCGUAUGAAUAUGAUGAUGAUGGAGAUUUAGUCUACACUGGAGAUGAACAUGAACACCCUAUACCUGUCAAAGAUAUCCAAAGUCACAUCAUCAAACUCCAGGAACAGAACAGAUUCACCGCCGAUUACCAGAGUUUACCAGAUGGGAUGUUUUUACCUACCAAAGAUAGCAAACUUGAAGAUAAUGUGCCUAAAAACAGAUAUACAAACAUGUUGGCUUAUGAUCAUUCAAGGGUGAAAUUAAGAGACUUGCCUAUUGGACAUACUGAUUACAUCAAUGCAAAUUAUAUUGAUGGAUUCAAGAAAAAGAGAGCCUACAUUGCAACUCAAGGUCCACUGAAGGCUACCACACCUGAUUUUUGGAGUAUGGUCUGGCAAGAAGAAGCCAGGAAAAUUGUCAUGGUAACAAACCUCAAGGAGAAUAAAAGGGUGAAAUGUUACAAGUACUGGCCCGACGAGAAAAAAUCCAUCAGUUGUUACAAACUGAGAGUUACCACGGAUUCUGAAAAUGUCUUCCCAGUCUUUGUUCUCAGGAAAAUCAAAAUUACUGAUACAAAGACUGAUGAGAGUAGAAUGGUGACCCAAUACCACUUUACCGCCUGGCCUGACCAUGGCGUUCCUGAUGCAUUCCAGCUCCUACAGUUCUACCGCAAAGUCAACGGAAAUAGCACAGAAUACGAGGUUCCUCCCACUGUCGUACACUGCAGUGCAGGGGUAGGGAGAACUGGCACCUAUAUUGGUCUGGACGCCUUGUGGAAAGAAGGCUUCAAGACUGGAUCCGUAGAUAUCCUAAGCUUUGCUAGAAAAAUGAGGAAAAACCGAACCAAGAUGAUCCAGACUCUUGAUCAAUAUACUUUCCUACACUUCAUUUUGAUGGAGGCAUUUACCAAUCCUGAUGCAGUAUUGCCAGGAAGCAUAACAUCAAAACUAAAAGGUCCACAAGAUCCCAAAAUACUCCAAAGAGUAAAUGCAGAGUUUGAGAAAUUAAACGCCCUGCGGCCAGAAUAUCAGGUGACGGACUACCAAGAUGCACUUCAUCCAAAUAACCUGCCUAAAAACAGAUCACAGGAUAACCUCCCUGUUGACAAUUACCGAGCUCGUUUGUCCUCCAUGUUUGGAGAAGAUGAGGAUUACAUUAAUGCUGUGAUAAUGCCAACAAGUUGGAACAGGGAGGGUUUCCUUGUGACACAGUACCCGCUACCGACCACCAUCGCAGACUUCUGGACCAUGAUCCACUGCUAUGAGUGUUCCUCUGUUGUACUGCUGGACGACCCUCAGGACUAUGAAGAAUGUUUCUACCCUGCUCUGGAGCAGACAUCAGAAUGGGGUCGUCUGGUGAUGCAGACGACUGCUGUAUCGGAGCCCCAGGACUGUGUCACAGAAAUCUCAGUCACCAUGACUAACACACUGGAUGCCAUUGAUAAUGAGGAGGUGGUAGAAAACGAGGUGGACAGGGAAGUAAAGAUCUUUGUGGGUCAAGGUUGGAAAUCGUCCAGUGAGCUGCCUGAUCAGCAGAAGUUGCUGCACUGUUUACAUUAUGAGGUGCAGAAACGGCAGAACAAGCUCGGGGAGCAUAAACCUAUUAUAGUUGUAUGCAGUGAUGGAGCGACAAAGAGUGGACUUUAUUGUGCGGUAUGUAAUAUACUGGAUGGCAUUGACUGGUACAAUGAGGUCAACGUGUACCACUCUGUACGACAGCUCCAAAUCCGGAAACCCGAGAUCAUCAAAUCGAAGACUCAAUAUCAAUACUGCUACCAAGUGGCCUUGAAUUACUUGGAUUCCAGUAAUAUUUACGAGAAUCAGGGAGCAACAGUAGAAGAGGAGGAGGAGAGGGAGGCAGAAUACGCCAAUGUGGGGGUGGUUCGAUCUGGCCUGAAGGGGGACCCACUCAAAACGCAGGGAGCUAAAGGUCAAGGGAUGAAACCAAGUGCUCAAGGACAAAGUGAACUUAAAUCUAACUCUGGCCGCACAGCUACAUCACGUGACCCACUGAAACCCUCCAGCAACACAGAUAUGAAGACCACCAUCUGAAGCUCAAUCUUCCAAACUUCAAUUUGAAUGUUAAUUUGCAAACUCUUUGUUGCUUUGUGCAGUGAACAAAGCUGUUCAAGUUUGGAUGCCACAAGUUUGCUUUUCUUGAUUGUUCAUAACAAUUGUUAUGUUUGAUUUAUGUAAUUAUUGUCUCUAUGUAAUGAUUGUUCACAAUAGUCCCACUAUGCCCUAUCCCUAAGCGAUUUUUUUAAUAUUUUAAAUACAUGCAUGUACAUGUAUUCUAAAUUUCAUAAACAUACAAUAUACUUUAGAGAAAUCCAGUUUCUAUUCUUAGAAAUGAGAAGUGAAGUAUGUUUCAUGAUAGCGGAGCCUGGUGUUCAGAAUUAAAAGGUGACAUUAAUUUUGUAAUUAAUAUUAAAAUGUAUAAUGUAAAUGUACAAUGUAAAUGUAAAUUGCAUGUUAAUUACCAGUAAUGUAUAUAUGUAAUUGAUGAUUUACAUUGUUAUUGGAGAAGCUCAACUCAUUUCUUUUGUUUCCUUGUUGUUAAUGAUUUUAAAAAUCUAUUGUAGCUCAUCAGAAUUAUUGGUUAUUGCAGUUUAUGAGGCUUGAUGUAUCUUGUAAGCUUAUGGUUUCAGUACAUUGUAAUGUGUUAUAGAAGAGAGAGAGAGAGAGAGAGAGAGAGAGAGUACUCCAGCAUGAUCCAAUUUACACAUCUUACAAUGUAUAUUUUAAUCUUAUGUUUUAUAGAUUGGAGUGAGUUUAGAAUAUAAUGUACUAGUGUAUACUUCUGUCUGUGACAUUCCCGGUACAUUUUUAAAUAAUUGUAAUUUUAUACCAUGUACUUAAUUUAUAUGACUUUUUUAACUAUAUACAUGAAGUUUUCAUAUAUUACAUGUGUGAACUUUUACACGUAUUUAAAAAUUUUCAGAUUUUAAAGAAGUAUAUGUGUUUUUAAAAUUCAAUUCUCAUUUAAAUUAUUUCAUUUGGCGCAUUUUGAAGUGAUAUAUUUGAAGGCAUUGAUUUAACUUUCACUUUAAAUGACUAACAUGAUCAGGCCCUAGAACCAUUAAUUGAAAUUACAUGUACAUCCAAGUUAAAAAAUAUAAUUAAAUUAUAAAAAUAUGUUUCUGAUUUUUAGUUACUUAAGUUAUAUUUUGUGUGGUUACACUUUGUCUGAAACAACUUUUUAGGAAAUCUUUGGUUUCAUUCAAUUAUUGGAUAUUAAGCUAUGUAAUUCAAAGUUUAAGCAUGUACAUGUACAUAUAGUCUGUUCUCCUUAUAUGGUUCUUGAGGCCUGACUUUCAUACAUAUAUUGGUUAUUCUCAAAUCAGGAUCAUUAACAUGAUUUGAUAUAUUUUAAAGUGCAAUAUUUGUUUAUUUUGAUUGAAUUGCUUUUUGAACGCAGCUUAUAAAGUAUAGCAUUGUUAUUUUAAUGGUUACGCAUUCGUAUGCCACAUAACUCAGAUAUACAUGAAUGAAUAAGGAAAACUCCUAUAAUUCAAAUGAUCGAGUCUCGUUUGAUUUGUGAAUUGUGCAGACAAUUGUCAUGUUGAUGUACAAUGUUAUAGAAAUUUGUUAUUCUGUUUGUUACGUUGACGAAAAUGAAUGUUUCAUGAUGUGCCAAUUCCAAAUUGUUAAUUGAGUCACUAUAAUUUUUCAUAUUAAAUCUUGUAUUAUUA